GUAAGAUAUUCUGGCCAUUUGAUGGUCAGAGGGCCUUGCACCGACAGAUAGCUUGACCACUGGACCGACAUUACAAGUAUGGAGCCUAUCAAACGGAAACUCGAUAGCGGAAGUGACAACACCAAGAAUGUCGCAAAAACCAAGAAGUCCAAAACAAAAGAAAGUCACUCCUCAGAGUUAGAAGCGAAAAAGAUCAAGACGCCAGAAGAAAUAUCAAUCGGACGAUUCGUGAAUGGCCGAACAGACAUAUACCCAGUGUGGCAGUCCCUUCUGCAGCGGUGGUUCUCCGAGUCUUCCACGGAGGUGUACAUCGUCACUCCUUUUAUGGACUUAGAACGACUGUAUGAGAUAUGCUUCUUCAUGCUAGAAAACCAAUCGGCGGCAAAUCUGAGGGCGAUUUACGUCAGAGAAAUUUCAAACGUCCGCGUCCCAAAAAAGAAUCCCCCGAAGUUCAUCCCAUACUGGAAAUUCGGUCCCGGUUACAAACCUGAUGACCCGGAAGCUUAUGGCGCCCUUAUAAGGGCUUUCCUAGACGCAUUCUCGCCGAAAUAUCGCAGCUACGUGAAAGAGCACGUGAUUAGUAAAUUGACCAACCCUAAGUCGACGUUUCACGGGAAGUUCGCAGCAGGUGUCAAGGCCAACAGUGCUCAGGUUUUGAUCACUAGCGCCAAUUUUCAGGGUCACCAUUUCGAUCACAAUAAUUACGAGACAGUUUGUUAUUCCACCAUGACGAAAUUAGAUUUUGAAGACAGAUUUCUCAACAAUAUACAAAUUGAAUAGCAACUUCUCUUUUGAUCAUAUGGCAGCUAGUUUUAUACAUACAUGUAGUGCGGUGUACUGAGGGCUGGUUAAAUAGAACUUGGGCCUUACGCUGGUUGUUGAUAUCAUUUGUGUUUGUGUCGUAAUAAUAAACCUAUGUAAAAUAC